AUGCUGGCAACCAGGACUUUGCUGUCAAAACAAACACUGGCUGUGCUUUCUCGCCAGCCUGCCUGCUUUGUUCACCACGGUGACUAUGGCAACUGGGGAAACACCAAUAUUGCAGUGGUUUUCUCAGGAUGUGGCUGGUGGGAUGGGACUGAUGUCCAUGAGGGAGUAUACACCAUGUACCACCUGAGCCGUAACGGUGCUCGCUUCCAGAUGUUUGCUCCAAAUCAGCAGCAGAUGCAUGUGAUGGACCACAUGAAAAAGCAGCCUGCCAGUAGCGAGAACCGAAACAUGAUGAUGGAGUCGGCUCGCUUCAGUCAUGGUCAAGGAAUGGCGCAAAUGCAAGACCUGUCCAAGCUGGAUGUCAACAGCUUUGAUGCUGUCAUCUUUCCUGGAGGCCACGGUGUCACCAAGAAUCUCUCCUCUUUUGUGAAGGAUGGCAAAGACUGCAAGCUGCACAGUGAUGUGGAAAGGGUGCUUAAAGAUUUCCACCGUUCACGCAAGCCUAUUGGACUGGCCAGCAUGGCUCCUGUGCUGGCCUGCCGUGUGCUGCCCGGCAUUGAGGUGACCAUGGGGUAUGAACGGGAUGACAGCACUCGCUGGGGGAACUGGCCUUACACAAACAUGGUCCAGGCUGUGAAGAACAUGGGCGCUCGCCACAAUGGCCGUGAGCCAUAUGAAGCCUAUGUGGAUGAGAAGAACAAAGUGGUCAGCACCCCUUCCUUCAUGUGGGAAACAGAGUAUCACUACCACUAUAUAUUUGAUGGUAUUGGAAAUAUGGUGAAACAUGUCAUGCGUAUGUCAACCAAGUGAUGUGAUAUUUUAAGCCUUGAAAAGAAAUAGAAGAAGUUGGUGUUGAUGUACAACAUACACCUCUGUAUUGUGAUGAAUUCUUAUCUGAAACAAUAUAAAUGCUUUAGCUAAAGAGCAAA